AGCACCGUCAUGCCAGCCCACUCAUCGAGAUCGGCGGUCAAGCCAGCCGACCCAGUUUUUUGCCGUACCUGUAUAUACUAGCCAUUACGGUAAUAGCGUCUCGGAACUAGUUUAAAGUAAAAGCAUUCGUCGGGUACAUACAAAAAGACGGUCAAUAAAAGCAAAUACUAUCAAAGGAAGUGUACGGCCGUUGGGGUAUUUACUUUCAAAAUAAAAGCCCACCAAAGAUUCCAAUAUGAGACAUAUUAAAUAUGAUUUUGGAUUCAAUUUAAAAGAAAAUGCCCUGUUAUUUCAGGCUCAUUUCACUUCAAGGUUAUGGUUCACGACCCCAUAGUGAUACCACGAAGUUUCAGGAUAUUCUGAUGUGGAGUUUCAAAAUAAAAGCCCACCAAAAAUUCCAAUAUGAGACAUAUUAAAUAUGAUUUUGGAUUCUAUGUAAAAGAAAAUGCCCUGUUAUUCCAGGGUUAGGGCUAAUAUGCCUAAUAUCGGCCUGCAGAUAUAUUGGUCGGGCUCUACAACAAACUAAUACAGCUGUAUUUUAACAGCGACGUGACCGCAGUAGUUCUAGCGUUUUACUGAUGAGGAGAUAAUCAUACAUAUGGUGCGAUCCAGGCAACCCGUAACCCGUGUUUUCACAACCCUCUACCAGAUCUAUGACCUCGUUACAGCUCGUAACUUACGGUCUGAAAUGUGUCCCCGGAUGCAGCAGAAUGUUAUACAUCGAUCUGGUACGAGUUCACAGGCCAGCCCAUCAAUUGGUAACUUUCAGGUGUUUCUCUCAAGGGAUGUUGCCUGCCAUACAGACCACCUGGAAACACAUACUGUAGCCACACGGCUAUCCUUAAAGACUUUCCGGCCCCACUUCACAAGUAAAGAAGACUGCGAUGCCUUUGGAGACCGUAGCACGCAGCGCGGCGCCACCUCGGAGAGUCUGGGUGUGGACGGCCCUGGCUCCUCCCACAUGUCCAGUCACAGCGGGGAGCUGAAGAUCCUUAGCGUCUACGGUAAAGGGGAGGGCCCACUGGCGGUGGACGGCCAUGACACCCUCUUCACCGCGUUAGAAGUGGAGGCCCUGAACUCGCUGUCUGCGGACCACAGCGCGGCCAAGAGCCUGGAGCGCGGCGAGCGGCUGGUCUGCCGUGAGGAGCUGAGUGUGCAGGUUGGAAAUAAUCUUCUUAUUCAGCAUCCAAAUGAGAGGCUUCCUCUGUUACAACUCCAGCACACACCCUUAUAAAGCACACUCCUUUAUGAUUUAAUGUUCCGUACGUGUAGCCUGGCUAUGGCCAGACCAAGCUCAAUCGUAGAUUGAUCUUUGGUCUGGGGAAGCUGCUGUCAUUGUCUUCAGCACAAGAGGCUUGAUCAACUUGUUCAACUGACUCUGUACGCAAAUGUCUGCUUGCCGUCGCUUCCCUGUCAUCAUUGUGUUAAACCAGCCAAUAGGGCGCCAGGGGGAGAACUAACCAACUUGGUGAUUGGCUCCUCCAAAAACGUAUCGGAAGCAGAAAGAAAUGAAUUGCUCUUCUCCAGACCCUUCUGCAGGGCGAAUUCAAAUCGCCGUCAGAACAGGCUGGGGGCACCCAGUCUAUCCUGGGUGGGGAUU